AUGGCCUCCUCGCACAAACCGCCGUCUGAUUGCUCACCUUGCACUCGCUGCCAGCUGCCUUCCUGCCUCGCCCAGCUGGUUCUCCCCCCACCUCGGCCUGCUGAGCUUGCCCCCACCCCACUCACAGACAGGUCCGAGGUCAAGAGCGGCAGCCCCGAGUAUGCCUCCUUUUUCGUGGUCAUGGGCGCCUCAGCCACCAUGGUCUUCAGCACCUUGGGUGCUGCCCAUAGUACGGCUAAGAGUGGCACUGGCAUUGCUGCCAUGUCCGUCAUGCGACCAGAGCUGAUCAUGAAGUCCAUCGUCCCAGUGGUCACGGCUGGCAUCAUUGCCAUCUGUGGCCUGGUGGUGGCAGUCCUUAUUGCCACCUCCCUGAGUGAAGGCAUCAGUCUCUAUAGGCCUUUCCUCCCACUGGGCGCUGGCCCGAGCGUGGGCCUCAGUGGGCUGGCAGCUGGCUUUGCCAUUGGCAUUGUGGGCACCGGCCUGUGGGGCACUGCCCAGCAGCCCCAACUAUGUGUGGACAUGAUCUUGAUCCUCAUUUUUGCAGAGGUGCUGGGUCUCUACGGUCUCAUUGUCGCCCUCAUCCUCUCCACAAAGUAGCUCCUCUCUAAGCCCACCAGCCACAGGAUAUGCUGUAAAGACCACCCCCUCCUCAUUCCAGAAUGAACAGCCUGACACA